UUUAACAAAACAUCGUAGUGCUAUGAGUACAAGUGCACUACUGUUCGUUAAGGCAAAGAACUUUUCUAAAUUAUGCGUGAUACAUUUCUGAAGUGUGAUAAAUGGUGCUCAUGAUUCUGAUUUGUUUUGUACUGGGAUCUGAACUGACAGAGCAAACGGUUGUCCCUGACUCCCGUGGAGAUGAUUUCUUUUUCGGUUGUAAUAAUAUUUGAACAAUUAUGUGCAACUCUUGGUACUUUUAUGGCAUCAUUCUUCGAUCUCCACGCCCACUGUGCUUCGAGGCGAUUUCUGCGUACUUGCCUCCCAUGCAAUUCAAAAUGUCCGCCCACAGAUCCGUCUCGUCGUCAUCCUCCGUCACAGGGGCACCUGCAUAACGCAACAAAAAAUCAGAAGACGUGGAUGCAAUGUACCAAACACCCUUUUGGAUCUCUCGCUCUAGUUGGCCCGACACCCAAGCGGCAUGCCCCUUGAUGAAAAGCGCAUUUCGUGGAUCGAAUCGAGAUAUUCGGACUUCGGACAUGAGCUCUUCCGAUCCUCCAAUGUACACUCCAGGUGCCAAUUUUUUUGAACCCUCUACAUGGCCAAAGCCAUGAAGGACGGCAAAUUCCUCCGUCAAAACGGGACCGCCAUACGUGACAGGAGAUGAAGUGAAUGCGAGCUUCAGCGACAAAUCGAGGUUUGUUUGCUGUUCGGAAGCUAUUUUCAAAAGGUUUCCAUCGAGUGGCCUGCAUUGGUAGGGAGGCAGUCAAAAAGAAAAGAGAAUUAACAAUACGAGUACGUGAGCAGUCGGUGCGAGAUUAGAUUUGAAUGCACAUUCAUCUGACACCGCCAACGCAUUGAUCGAGAACAGAUUAAAAUUGAUUCGACGUACCGAUUGAUUACAACACCAGUCGUUCCGGUUUUCUCGUGAUGAUCUACGACCAAGACGACUGUUUGACAAAAGACUCCUCCAAGCUUUUCAUUCGCAAUCAAGACACACCCUGGUUCGAUAUGGUCGAUUUCAUGCGCCCAUCGAUGCUUGUCAACGGGGGUGUACUUUUUUGGCUUGAUAUGAAUCGGAAGUUCAUCGGCCGACAAGAAUGGAUCCUGGGAGGUAAGCUCGGAUUGUGGAAUGCCUCGGCCGAUCGAAUCUCCUCUGUAGAUGUUUUCGUUCGAUGAUUUCGUUGAUUCCUUUUGAUUUCCAGAUUUGAAUAUGGAAGAAAUUGCGGCACCAAACAGCUCCCCGAGCUGCCCUUGUUUUUCAAGUUCAUCGUGUUGUUUGGAAGACGAUGGUGGUGUCGACGAAGAUGAAGCCUGGGGGUCUUCGUUCUCGGAAUCGGUUGAAUGUGAAGACGGAGGUGUCGGCGUUUGGUUUUCGAUGUUGUUCGUCUCGGAUGGCUUGGAUGCUUUUUCUCGAGCAACCAAUUUGGCACGGAAUAGGCGCCAGUCGUCGCCCAUGGAUUCUUCUAGCAAACGUUCUGUUCGAGCCCGAUCGGAGUUCUUGAUCUGUAACGCAGUGCUACCAUGUAUUCGUGUUUCUGUCUUCGGAGGUACAAACCCCAUGGCAGAGGACAAGAUCGCAAAUGCGACGAUUGCUCUGGGAAGUGAUGUCAUCGUCGUUCUUUUGUUUCAAUACUUUCUACCGAAGCUCGAUUGUAGGGAAAAAGUAAUUAUAUUGAUAGUUGAGUAGCAAUACCUUUAGCGAUAAAGAGAAAGGAGAUUUAUGUCGGCAGGGAUCUUCCUCCUUUUCUCUUCUUCUUCUUCUUCUUGGCAUGGACCAUCGAGGUUUGGAUUCUGAUUUUCAAAGGUUCGUAGUCGAAAGCAGAACAUCGACAUCAACCCGCAAUGCGGAAAGACUUUUCGUUCUCUGAAUCCGUUCAUCUGCUCACUCGAAAUUCUUUGUUCUUUCGCAAACGUAUUUUCCAACCAGAUGUCAAAUAAAUGAGACGCCUGACG